AUGUUUUAUAACGUCAGUAUUUUUGCUCAACUCAAAAAAGAAGUGGCGGACAUCGACAGUGAAGUGGCCACUCGCAAAACCAAGUCCCAAGCAGUAGUGAAAGAGGAAAAGCCGGACGAUGAGAAUCCAGUCGUGACACGAUUUUCAAUAAGACAACGUGCUUUCACAUCUGCUGUUAGCUCGCAUAGAGAGAAGCGAUUCGGACAAAUCAACAAUGUUGUAAUAAAAACCGAGCGUUCGGAUUCUGAACCGGAAGCAGAUGCGCGUGUUAUCAAGGAGGAGCCGAGAGAAGACGAUUGGAUUGAGAGUGCUCCAAAGCGCAGAAUAAAAGGAAAGCUAGCACGUGCCGCAAACAAUAGGAGAGCAGGCGCUCAUGCCAGAUCAAUCAAAUCAGAAGGAGGAGACCAAGCAGUUGUAAAACAGGAAUCUGAGUCAACCAGCACAGGCUUCGAGCAGCUCAAGGACUUUACUUCCGAAGACGUAGGUUACGAUGAAGCAAACGAUUUUUCGAACGCAAUUUUACAGCUGGACAUCAAUAUAACAGGUGGUUCUUUUUCUUAUUUUCCAAAUGAAUGA